UCGUGUUUUACACUCUUGCAGUUGUAAAAUAAGAAAUCAGUCUAUUGUACGACCUUCAGCGGAACAGCAACACACACCAGUGCUCGGUGGAAUUUGAAUAUAAAAUAUCGAAAACGACAAAACUUGUUUCGUGUUUGUUUGAAGAAUUCAAUAAUAAUCUCGCUUCAAUCACGUCGUUUAAUUUUUUUUCGGUUAUUUGUUUGUUUGUUUUUUUUUCUGUUUAUUUUAUUCUUGUUUUAAAAUUAGCUAACAAUAUUAACAAUACGAAAUUGUAUAACGUCUGCAAAAAUUCAGAUGAAAAGUUAAAAGAAAAAAUUGUGUUGUAAACAAUCAAAGGAAAUUGUCGGGUUUUUCCCCAAAGUGAAUUCUUAAGAAGUGGAGGUGGUCGCGUGUACACAAAGUUUGCCGACCAAAAUUUCGAGUAAAACGAAUAGUACAGUGAAAUUUUAUCUUCCGUUAAAGAUUUAUUCCUGAUUCCUGUUUAUAGUUUUGCUGGAAUACUGUCCACGACUGCAACAAAAUAACAUUUUUUCUAUAAUAAGAGUGAUUGCGAAACGUAAUUUAUGCAAAAUAUCGUCAGUGAAGUCAGUCGUUUCCAAUGGUACAGUAGAUAUAUUUGUAUAUGAAACAUAUAACCAUUACGUAUGAAUACACGAGGAUUGUAUAUUAUUUAAAUCACAUUAUAGUUUAUUCGUUGGUGUUUGUGAAAUUGUUGUAAAAAGUUUGUUGUUUUUUUUGAAUAAUAAAAAAAACCAGAGUUUGUGUAUUGAAAUUAUAAUCCGAAAUUUACUCAAUUUUUUAUUUUGAAUGCUGGCUGGUUGACUUCUUUUUUUUUAUAACAUUUUUUUUUCGUUCGUGUAGUGAAAUAUAAAUAUUUAGAAUUGACUUCGCCGUAUAUAACAGUCAAUUGAAUUAUAAUAUCCAGACGAAGACGACGACGACACCAGCAACAACAACGGUGUUGUGUGUAUGUGUGGAUUCGGAAUAAUAUAAAGGGAAAGCAACUUUUAUAUCACGAAAAGUUAUUUCGUUGGAACGACCGCUCUAUCAAUUCUCCAUCAACACAACAAACAAUACAGACUCUCACAAGUGAAUUCCGGGAACCACCAAAAACGAAGAGAUCAUUUUUGACUGAAUAAAUCCGGAAUACUCAAGGGACACAUGGGAGUAAUCGACAAAUUCUGUGGAAUGAUGUAACCCAUACCACGAAGCAAUCAACAUUUACAAUUAACCCAUCCUGCAACAAAACCGGGAAUCUACACAAGGAUAGAACAAAAGGAGUGCGUGCGUGCGUGUCUAUUUAUAUAAAAGACCAUCCAGCUAACCUUAAUAAACAUAAAACAAACAGCAAUUACCACCCUCGAGCAAACAUAUAGUGAACAUUGUAUACCGACAGUUAUAAACAAUGGAUGUAAUAUCGUUCCUAAUCGGCUUAAUGCUAUUAUUGUGUUCAAUUAGUCGCUCAACAGCUAGUCCGUCUGAAUACUAUAAUCGAGCUAAAUUUUGUCCGGAUCGAUCAAUAUGCAAUUGUGUAUUCGUACAGAAUGACUAUGAAAUUGAAUGUCCGACCUUCGAUCCCAGCAUAAUAGUUAAAUUUAAGCCGACAACAUACGUUCAAAUCGAAUGUUUGACAUUGAACGAAACCGUGUACAAGCAAUUAGCACCCAUGGAUGUUGGCGACAUACCGCGUGUCCAAUUUUCGAGAUGUCCAUUGCCAAUGGGUGGCAGUUCUUUGAUGACAAUUUUGAAUCGACUGGGCAUGCGAAAAACGAGAUCAUUGAUGUUUUUGACGUAUGGAGCCGAUCUUGGCAGUUCGUUGGUACGGCAACAUUUGAGUGGGUUCACCGAUUUGGAACAACUGAGACUUAGUGGAAAUGGAUUGUCCGAAUUGCCAGAGGAUCUGUUCAAUGACGUUGGUAAUAUAACUUGGUUGGACUUGCGCUCAAAUAAAGUUCAUCUUCCGGUUAAUAUUUUCCGGAGCUUGAAGAAGCUGGAGUAUCUGGAAUUGGGUUAUAACAAUCUGAAGACUCUGGAACCGGGAGUGUUUAAAUAUCAACAAAGACUAAAGAAUCUCAAUCUGUGGGGAAACAAUUUGCAGCAUUUGACGAAAGAGGCAUUUGAGGGAGUGUCUUCCCUGUUGGAAUUGGACAUGAGCUCGAACAACAUCGAAACUUUACAACCGGACGUCUUUGCAUAUCUAACCAACCUAACUGCAAUAAACUUAAGUGCGAACAAAUUCCGAAAAUUGCCGCAAGGAUUGUUUGCUACAAACAAAAAUUUGAUUCAGUUACGAUUGAUUGAAAAUCGCGUCGGUCUGGACACUUUGCCGAAUGGUUUCUUGUCGGGUCUAUCAAUGUUGGAAGAUGUGAAUAUAAAAUGUGGACUGAAUACUGUGCCCGGUGAUUUAUUUAGCGGUUCGUUGAAAAUUAAAAACUUGUCGUUAGCAUGGAAUAAGUUAACUUCGUUGCCGGUGGAACUAUUCGCGAAUCAAAGUAAUAUGCUGGAUUUGGAUCUGACUGGAAACGGCAUUGUCGAACUGGAAGAUGGACUAUUCGAUAGCAUGAAUGCACUAUUGGUGUUGAAGCUGUCGUACAACAAUUUAACAAUGAUAUCCGGACUUUUGUUCCAUGGUCUGCACAGUGUCCAAGAAAUUCAUUUGGAUCAUAAUCAGCUGAAAACCAUUCAUCAUCUAGCCUUCACAACUACGACAAAGAUCCGUAACUUACAGUUGCAAAAUAAUCACCUGUCCUUUUUGAACGAAGACGAAGACGGGGUACGAAGUCUCGACCUGCAAAUUGGUUCACCCUUCCAAUAUCUCGAAGUGUUGCAAACGCUCAAUUUGCGCAACAACGAAAUCAUAACGAUUUUAUCCGACUGGAUCACCAUUAACAACAAUUUGCAAGAAUUGGAUUUGAGCUACAACAACAUAUCGUCGCUAACAUUCGAAGGAUUACAGUUUUUCUCGGACGACGCAACGAUUAAUUUAACCCACAAUUCCAUCAGAGAUUUGGAUUUCCGUAAUUAUCGCGUCAUUUUAUCACAGAAUGUUACCAAAACAGCAACAGUGUUACUGAACGACAAUCCCUUGACUUGUGACUGCCGAAUGUUUCAUUUCAUUGAAUACAUUCAUCUGAAAGGACGUCAACCGAUACUCAUCGAAGCGGAUCAACUGAAAUGCGCAGAGCCUGAGCGAAUGUCCGGUAAAUCAAUCACAGAACUUCAGCUUAUCGACAUUGUGUGCCCACUCGAUCCACCGAACAGUUCGAUUAAACUCUGUCCACCGCAAUGUGAAUGCUUCGUACGACCAUUCGAUCGGGUAAUGGCUGUAAACUGCUCCAAUUUGAAUUUGAAAGUCGUGCCAAGCAUACCGGACAUCAGUAAUCGCGGCUUAGCGUUAACAGAGCUGUAUAUUGAAAACAAUAACAUCACCGAGCUGCCAGAUCUUUCUCGAGGAGCUUAUUCAUUCGUAAGUGUUAUCCGGGCUAGAAACAACAGCAUUCGGAUGUUAAAGCGAGACAAUUUACCACCCAAAUUGUCACUCUUGGAUAUAUCUCACAACCAAAUAAACUGGCUCAAUGACACGGUUUUCGCACGAUUGAACAAAACGGCAGAAUUGCAGCACAUCGAAAUGGGCAACAAUCCGUGGAUUUGCGAUUGUGACGCUAAGGGAUUGUUUGCGUUCGCUAAGUUAAAUGCUGCUAAAAUAAAGGACCUGCAAAACGUAGUCUGCCUAGGCGGUCAGCCAUUAGUUCACGUCGAUGACAUAUGUUCGGAAGAUGAGACAAUUAUUGUUGCGCUAAGUGUGGUUCUCGCAUUGUUUGGACUGUUCGUCGGAAUUCUGGCGGCUUUAUACUAUAAAUAUCAACAAGAAAUCAAAGUAUGGAUGUACGCCCACAAUUGGUGUUCUUGGUUUGUCACCGAGGAAGAACUGGAUAAGGAAAAGAAAUACGACGCCUUCAUAUCGUAUUCACAUAAGGAUGUUGACUUCGUAACCGAACAUGUGGUACCUGAAUUGGAAAAUGGCACACCCAGCUUUAAAUUGUGCUUACACGAACGGGAUUGGGUAGCUGGAGAAUUUAUCACAGAAUCGAUCGCUCGUUCAGUCGAAGACUCCCGACGAACCGUCGUCAUUCUGACGCCCAAUUUCCUCGAAUCAAUCUGGGGCAAAAUGGAAUUCCAGCUGGCACACAAGAAUGCCAUCACCGAAGGUCGAGUACGCGUCAUUGUGGUCAUUUACGGUGACAUCGGCGACAUCGAGAACCUAGACCCGGCCCUGCGAUCCUAUCUGAAAACGAACACAUACAUCAAAUGGGGCGAUCCAUGGUUCUGGAAGAAAUUACGCUACGCCAUGCCGCAUCCGAACGGAUACAAAAGCAAGGGUUUGGUCAAGAGCACAUUGAAGAGUUCCGUCGACGACAAAUUAGAGUUAAUCAAACCGGUACCGGUCACACCGCCACUCACCACACCACCGGCUGAACUGGCUGGACAGAAAUUUGCGAACGGUUUGAAUGGUCAUGUAAAUGGAGCAUUCAUUAUCAACACAAAUGCCAAGCAAAGUGAUGUGUGAAACUUGGAUGAAUAAACGGUAAAAAAAAAUUCGACAUCAAACGAUGUUAUGGCUUAGGUUCACAAUGAACAGAAUAAAGAGAGAAGAGAAAAAAAAAUGCAAACCGUAGAAACAAAAUAUAAAUUGUAAUUAUUGUGAUAUCAAAAAAUCUCGUACGAUUUCUUGAACAUAUAGAAACUCUUGAACGUAGGGGGGGUUUUUAUUAUAUAUUUUAGUUAUAUGUGAACCAUUCGAUGAGUGCUCUUUUGUCACCAUAUUCUAUCAGGUGUUUCUAAAAAACAAAAUAUUCGUACACCAGUGGAUGGCUGAACAAUGCGAUGAACGGAAAUACGAUAUUACGUUUCUUUUUGAUAUUGAACGACAUAUAAAGACGUGAGUCAAUACUAUAAAACAAUGUUAUACUUUGACGUUCAAUAUCAAAAGGAAAAUAGGUUCGGCUCUCCGUGAUCAAUUCGGUCACCGUCCUACAGCUAUACGACCAAAAUACAUUAUAUAUUGACUCACACAAGCUAAUUAUUAUUAUUAUAUAUCUACAGUUAAAUGAAUUAGAUAAGACAACAAAAAUUAUAUUUUUUGUUUCGUAGCAUCAACGUAAAGAACUUAAAACGACUGAGACGUUAUGAUCUGAUUACAAUUUUUUUUAUACAAAACUCUCAAUUUAAUUAAAUUAAUUUUUUGUAAUUUUAAUUUAAAUUAAGUGCUAAAGCCUCUGCAAACUCCAAUUUAUAAUGGACUGGUAUCUCUGGUAUCAAAAUUUUAUUUUGUUAAAAAAAACUAUUUCCUUGACAAGAGACUUUAAAUUGGAUGUUUUUUGCGGGCUUUAAUCUCCUUUUCAUAGAUUUUAUUUUUAGGCUAACGUAUUUACCGAAAAUACGAAAAUGGUUUUUUUGGGGGUGUAAAAGAGAAAGGAAAAUUAUUUUUAAAAGAAACGAAUAUUGUCAGCAAGUAACUGCAAACACAAAAUUGUAGUUUAGAUUUAGUUUUCUCGAAAAGUUUAAAAGAAAAUGUUUUUGAAUUGAAUAAGAAAAAAAAUUGUUUUUUAUUAGGAAAAUUGAAAUAUUUUAGCGGUUAAUUUUUCUAUUUAUUUUUAUGACUAAAAAAACAAACAAUUUAUUGCAAAUGAAAUCUACCUUUAUUGUAGCAAACAAAAUGAAUAGGCAUGUACGUUAAGGUUUUAUACAUCGUAAAAGUAUAUAUGGAAAUAAAACAAAAUA